GAAGUUUAAGUCUCCUGCCUGCUUAAACCCUGUUCUUCAGUUCAAAGCUUUUUUCGCCAUAGCCAUGGGUUUCUUCGACCUCAAUAUACCUUACGACGAGCAUUCAUCCUCACCUUCCAGUAGGGCUAAUCGCAUCAGGAUUGUGGCGAAACUCAUGGAGCUUGGCUACUCUGGUAUCGCCUACAACCGUACGAUCAAAGGAGUGAUGUCCGAUCAGGACCGCUGUUCUAUCCCCCUCCUCAACGCCUCAUCGCUCCACAAUAUCCUUCCAUCAUUCUCUGCCUCCGUAGAGUUCCACCGCGAAAUCCUCGGCGUCCCGCGCUCCUCUCCUUUCCGCCAGUAUACGCGUCUUACUAUUUGUCUGAACAGUUUGCCGGAGGUUCUGGCCGUCAAUUCUGGCAACAUUCUUCUGAAGACCUACGAUUUGAUUGCUGUGAAGCCUCUUAAUCAGCAUGCUUUCGAGCAGGCUUGCGAGAAAUUGGAGAUAGAUAUAAUUGCCAUUGAUUUUGCGGAGAAACUUCCUUUCAGGUUGAAGCAAGGUCUGAUUAAAUCUGCAAUUCAGCGUGGAGUUUACUUUGAACUUAUGUACUCUGAUCUUCUUUUGGAUGUUCAUGAAAGGAGGCAAAUGAUAUCCACUGCUAAGUUGUUGGUGGAUUGGACAAAAGGAAAAAAUCUCAUAUUAUCCAGUGCUGCCUCCUCUGUCAAUGAAAUCAGAGGGCCUUACGAUGUUGCAAACUUGUCAUCAUUGCUUGGUGUCUCUAUGGAAAGGGCAAAAGCUGCAGUCUCAAAAAAUUGUAGGAAUCUUAUAGCUAAUGCUCUCAAGAGAAAGCAGUUCUACAAGGAGACAAUUCGAGUUGAAAGGAUAUCAUCAAAUGAUAAAUUAGAUCCAAACGACCCUUGGUCAGUGGAUUUGUUCAAAUGGGAUCCUAUAGCAAGUGGUGAGGGUGAUUUGCUAUUGGAUGAUAUGGCUAAAUCUUUUGCUGCCUCUAAUAAAGAAUCAAAAAAUGUGAAAGCCAUUGACUUCACUUCAGUCAUUGAUAACAUGCCACCGCAAGGUUUUCUAGUCAAGAAUGUAAUUUCAGACUCUGAAGUAAGACUGUCACUGAAUGAUAACAGAGACUCGUCGCAUGUUGCUGAUGUCAUUGAGCCACCAGUUGCAGAAAAUGGAGUAAUACAGCAGUCCCAUCCUCUUGAUGGAGAACACUGUUCUAUAUCAUCAGAUUGUCGAUUUUCUGUAAUUGAAAGCUUUGAAAUUUUACCUUCACAUGGUGAUGCAGGAAAACUUUCAAGUAAUUCUGAGGAAGAGAAAAGUACCGUUGAAGAAAUUGUGCAGCCCAAAACCUCCAUGCAGGAAGAACCAAUUGAAAUGGAGAUUGAUAACGUGCAACCGCAAAACCUUUUGUCUAGUAGCGAGUUAAAUGUAGCAACGACAGAUGAGCUUGCACAUUCUCCUACAUCUACCAGAGAUGUAUUAGCUGUUGUUUCCGGCAAUGAUGGAGAAGAAACUUUUAAAAUGCCAGAGGAUGUUGAUUCCCAUCAGAAUAAGUAUGCUUUAGAAAGCUCUGAUAUAUUGUCUGGUUCAGAAAAUAUGUUGAGGGACCAAAGUUUGAGUAAUUUGGUUUCAGAAAAUCAAAAGAAUAUGUCUACGGUAAUUGAUGAUACAUUUACAGCUGAAGAAUGUUUACUUGGUACAAGACUCGGGGAACCCGAGGAUCAGGUUUCUUCUCUUGGGUCUUGUUCCAUGAGCGACAUAAAAGAUGAUUAUUUAAUCUCAACUCGACAACAACAAAUCUCUCAGGUGUUAACGGAAGAGCAAAAAUGCGAAGAAGCAGAUCCUCAGAUCACACGGUUUUCUUCAGAUCAGCCUUUGUCUGGUGUGAUGUCAACAGUAAAUGCAGGGAAAAACCGAGCAAAACGGAGGAGACAGCAUCCAGCAUUAAAGCUUCCAUUCAAGCGGUUAAUCAAUCCUUUAGCCUUCAAGAAGGUCCGAAAAAUUAAAUGCUAUCAGUAAUCUUUUCUUUGGUUUUACUCGGUUGGUAUUAUUCACUUUUGUUUACUACACUUCGGUAUACAUUUUGCUCCAAUUGAUGUCAAUGAAUUUUUUAUUGCUAUCGAAUGUCAAAAUGUUCCCCCU